CAGUUUUCUGUGUGUAAUAAAAGAACCGCAGCGCAUAUAGAUUACAGAGAGAGGCUCGGCGCAUACCCCAACAAAACGUCGGGAAAACAACCAGAAAGGCAUUUCAAAGCGAUUUCGACGCGUUCACAGGGAGAGGUAUCAGCGCGUCAGACGGUACCAUGGCCCGGCCUGUGGGUGGCAGUGUGAGCGAUGCGGAGCGCUAUCUCUAUACGGGCUCCUCAGGGUCCAGCCAGGGCUCUUCAGCCUCAAGCCAGGCGGACUGGGCGGCCCGCCGGCUGGUGUGGGUCCCUUCAGAGAAGCAAGGGUUCGAGGCCGCUAGCGUGCGCUCUGAGCGGGGGGAGGAGGUGGAGGUGGAGCUGGCGGACAGCGGUCGGAAGGUCACUCUGUCCAAGGAGGAGGUCCAGCGCAUGAACCCGCCCCGCUUCAGCAAGGUGGAGGACAUGGCGGAGCUGACCUGCUUGAACGAGGCGUCCGUCCUGCACAACCUCAAAGAGAGGUACUACUCCGGGCUCAUAUACACUUACUCGGGUCUGUUCUGCGUUGUCAUCAACCCCUACAAGAACCUGCCCAUCUACACGGAGCCCAUAGUGGAGAUGUACCGAGGGAAGAAGAGGCACGAGAUGCCUCCACACAUCUAUGCCAUCUCUGAAGCUGCGUAUCGCAGCAUGCUGCAAGACAGAGAAGAUCAAGCCAUCCUUUGCACGGGCGAGUCUGGAGCCGGCAAGACAGAGAACACCAAGAAAGUGAUUCAGUAUCUCGCACACGUGGCUUCGUCUCACAAGAGCGCAAGCGCAGGGCCAGCACACAGCCAGCUGGAACCUCCCAGACCAACCAGCCAACAGAACACCACCGUGUUGUAUGGGGAGCUGGAGAGGCAGCUCUUGCAGGCCAAUCCCAUCCUGGAGGCUUUUGGAAACGCCAAGACCGUGAAGAACGACAACUCGUCACGAUUUGGCAAGUUUAUCAGGAUUAAUUUUGACGUUGCUGGAUACAUUGUGGGAGCCAAUAUAGAGACUUACCUGCUGGAGAAGUCCCGAGCGAUUCGACAGGCCAAAGACGAGCGAACCUUCCACAUCUUCUACCAGCUACUGUCUGGGGCUGCAGACCACAUGCGAGGUGACCUCCUUCUGGAAGGUUUCGAUAGCUACCGCUUCCUGUCCUGCGGAUUUGUCCCCAUCCCGGGACAGACGGACAGAGAGAACUUUCAAGAGACUCUGGAGUCCAUGAAGAUCAUGGGCUUCAACCAGGACGAGGUGGUGGCCAUGAUGAAGCUCAUCUCUGCGGUGCUGCAGUUUGGAAACAUCUCUUUCAAGAAGGAACGAAACACAGACCAGGCCUCCAUGCCAGAUAACACAGCUGCUCAGAAGCUGUGUCACCUGAUGGGGAUCAACGUGACGGAGUUCUGCCGAGCGAUCCUGACCCCGAAAAUCAAAGUGGGGCGAGACUUUGUGCAGAAAGCACAGACGAAAGAGCAGGCUGACUUUGCGAUAGAAGCCCUGGCCAAAGCCACCUACGAGCGCCUGUUCCGAUGGCUGGUCCACAGAAUCAACCGAGCCCUGGACCGAACCAAGAGGCAGGGGGCCUCCUUCAUUGGGAUCCUGGACAUCGCCGGCUUUGAGAUCUUCCAGCUGAACUCCUUCGAGCAGCUCUGCAUCAACUACACCAACGAGAAGCUACAGCAGCUCUUCAACCACACCAUGUUCAUCCUGGAGCAGGAGGAGUACCAGCGAGAGGGCAUCGAGUGGAACUUUAUCGACUUCGGACUGGACCUGCAGCCCUGCAUCGACCUGAUAGAGAGACCGACAAACCCCCCUGGGGUUCUGGCUCUGCUGGAUGAGGAGUGCUGGUUCCCCAAAGCCACGGACAAGACCUUCGUCGAGAAGCUGAGCUCCGAGCAGGGAACGCACCCCAAGUUCCAGAGACCCAGGCAGCUCAAGGACCAGGCGGACUUCUGCAUCCUGCACUAUGCAGGCAAGGUGGAUUACAAAGCUGACGAGUGGCUGAUGAAGAACAUGGACCCUCUGAAUGACAGCGUGGCUUCACUGCUCCACCAGUCCACGGAUCGCUUUGUGGCCGAGCUGUGGAAGGACGAUAUUCAGAAUCUUCCUCGAGCGUAUUUCUUUGAUUCCUUUGCCGCUCUGCAGCCCAAUGGUUCUGACAUGGAGAGGAUUGUGGCCCUGGAGCAGGUGCAGGUGGGAGGAAUGAGCGACGUCUCGUUCGGCUCUGGGUUCAAGACCAAGAAGGGAAUGUUCCGCACCGUCGGGCAGCUCUACAAGGAGUCUCUGUCCAAACUGAUGGCAACACUGAGGAACACCAACCCCAACUUCGUGAGGUGCAUCAUCCCCAACCACGAGAAGAGGGCUGGCAAGCUGGAGCCCCACCUGGUUCUGGAUCAGCUCCGAUGCAACGGGGUUCUGGAGGGAAUCCGGAUCUGCAGACAGGGCUUCCCUAACAGGAUUGUUUUCCAGGAAUUCAGACAGAGGUAUGAGAUCCUCACCCCCAAUGCAAUCCCGAAAGGUUUCAUGGACGGCAAGCAGGCGUGUGUGCUGAUGAUCGACGCUCUGGAGUUGGAUCGGAACCUGUUCCGGGUCGGGCAGAGUAAGAUCUUCUUCCGGGCCGGAGUUCUGGCUCACCUGGAGGAGGAGCGAGACCUGAAGAUCACCGACAUCAUCAUACACUUUCAGAGUGCGGCACGGGGGUACCUAGGCAGGAGGGCAUUCGUUAAGAAACAGCAGCAGCUCAACGCCCUCAAAGUGAUGCAGAGAAACUGUGCAGCCUACCUGAAACUGAGGCACUGGCAGUGGUGGAGGCUCUUCACUAAGGUGAAGCCCCUCCUCCAGGUCACCCGACAGGAUGAGGAAAUCCAGCACAGAGAGAUGGAACUUCAGAAGGUCAAAGAUCGGCAGGUCAAGGCAGAGAUGGCCUUCUUUGAUCUGGAGAAAAAGCACCAGCAGAUGAUUGAAGAGAAGGCCAUUCUGGCAGAGCAGCUCCAUGCUGAGACGGAGCUGUUUGCCGAGGCCGAGGAGAUGCGAGCCAGGCUGACCAGCCGGAAGCAGGAGCUGGAGGAGAUCCUGACUGACCUGGAGUCCAGGCUGGAGGAAGAGGAGGAGCGCAAUGGCUCGCUGAUUAAUGAGAAGAAGAAGAUGCAGCAGCACCUCCAGGACCUGGAGGAGCAGCUGGAGGAGGAGGAAGCAGCUCGACAGAAACUGCAGCUGGAGAGAGUCACCCUGGAGGCCAAGAUGAAGAAGAUGGAAGAGGACCUUCUGGUGGUGGAGGACCACAACUCCAAGCUCAGCAAGGAGCGCAAGCUGAUGGAAGAGCGCAUCAACGAAAUGGCGUCCAAGCUGGCGGAGGAUGAGGAGAGAGUUAAAACCCUGUCCAAGAUGAAGAACAAGCAUGAGGCCAUCAUCGCUGACAUGGAGGAGCGUUUGAAGAAGGAGGAGCAGGCUCGUCAGGAGUUGGAGAAGUCCCGGCGCAGGCUGGACGGGGAGAGCAGUGAGCUGCAGGACCAGCUGUCUGAGAUGGUGUCCCUGGGAGAGGAGCUGAGAGCGCAGCUGAGCCGCAAGGAGGAGGAGAUGCUUGCCGUCACCAGCAGGCUGGAGGAGGAAAGCGCUCGUCGUGCAGAGGCGCUGCGCAGCUUGCGGGAGGCGCAGUCCCAUCUCUCUGAGCUGCAGGAGGACGUGGACUUGGAACGGGCCGCCCGGGCCAAGGCUGAGAAACAGAAACGAGAUCUGAGCGAGGAGCUGGAGGCCCUGCGCACAGAGCUAGAGGAUACACUGGACACUACCGCAGCACAGCAAGAGCUCAGGUCGAAGCGCGACCAGGAGCUGGGGGAGCUGAAGCGCUCGCUGGAGGAGGAAUCUCGCGCUCACGAGUCUCAGAUUUCUGACCUGAGGCAGCGGCACACCGUCGCCAUGGAGGGGGUGCAGGAGCAGCUGGAGCAAGCGAGGAGGCUCAAGGCCUCCCUGGAGAAAGCGAAGCAAACCUUGGAGAUGGAGCGGGCGGAGCUGGUGAGCGAGGUGCGAGCGCUGCAGAGCGGCCGGGCGGAGAGCGAUCACAAGAGGAAGCGAGUCGAGACGCAGCUGCAGGAGGUGCAGGCCAGGCUGGGGGAGAGCGAGAGAGUGCGGGCAGAGCUGGGGGAGAAGACGCAGAAACUACAGGCGGAGCUGGACUCUCUCUCAGGCUCUCUGGGUUCAUCCGAAUCCAAGUCCUUCAAACUCGCCAAAGAGCUGAGCAGUCUGGAGAUGCAGCUGCACGAUGCGCAGGAGUUGCUCCAGGAUGAGACUCGUCAGAAGCUGUCUCUGGGCGUCCGUGUUCGAGCUCUGGAGGACGAGAAGGUGGGGCUUAUUGAGAGGCUGGAGGAAGAGGAGGAGCAGAAGAGGAACAUCAACCGGCAGAUGCUUACCCUGCAGCAACAGCUGUCAGAGGUGCGCAAGAAGACUGAAGACGAUUGUGGGAUGCUGGAGAUCAACGAGGAAGCCCGCAGGAAGCUGCAGCGCGAGCUGGAGGCGAUGAGCCAGCGCUGUAACGAGAAGAGCCAGGCUCUGGAGAAGCUGGAACGCAGUCGAACCAGAGUCCAGCAGGAGAUCGAGGACCUCACCCUAGCCCUGGACCAGCAGAGGCAGGUCACAGCGAUGCUGGAGAAGAAACAGAAGAAAUUCGACCAGCUCCUGGCGGAUGAGAAGUCGAUCUCAGCUCGCUAUGCUGAGGAGCGGGACCGGGCUGAGGCGGAGUGCAGAGAGAAGGAGACUCGGGCGCUGGCUCUUGCGCGGGCUCUCGAUGAGGCCCUGGAGAGCCGGGAUGAGAUGGAGAGAACGAACAAGCUGCUCCGUGCAGAGAUGGACCAGCUUGUCAGCUCCAAGGACGACGUGGGGAAGAACGUCCACGAGCUGGAGCGGGCGCGGCGCGCUCUGGAGCAGCAGGUUCAGGAGAUGAAGACGCAGCUGGAGGAGCUGGAGGACGAGCUGCAGUCUGCGGAGGAUGGGAAGCUGCGUCUGGAAGUGAACAUGCAGGCGCUGCGAGCGCAGUGCGAGAGGGAGCUGGCAGGGAAGGAGGAGAGCGGAGAGGAGAAGCGUCGUGUGCUUAUGAAACAGGUGAGGGAGCUGGAGCUGGAGCUGGAGGAGGAGAGGAAGCAGCGUGCUCAGGCAGUGGCAGGGAAGAAGAAGCUGGAGGUUGACCUCCAGGACAUUGAGGCUCAAAUCGAGACAGCCAACCGAGGCAGAGAUGAGGCGCUCAAGCAAUUCAAGAGGCUGCAGGCUCAGAUGAAAGAUUUGAUCCGAGAGCUCGAUGAAGCCCGAUUGGCUCGUGAUGAGAUCGCCAGCCAAUCGAAAGACAGCGAGAAGCGCCUGAAGGGGCUGGAGGCGGAGCUUCUGCAGCUGACAGAGGAGUUGUCGGCGGCCGAGCGAGCCAAGCGUCAGGCCCAGCAGGAACGCGAUGAGAUCCUCGAUGACAUCACAAACAACACUUCUGGAAAGUCGGCUCUCCUGGAUGAGAAGCGCAGGCUGGAGGCUCGCAUUGUUCAGCUGGAGGAGGAGCUGGAGGAGGAGCAGGGCAACGUGGAGCUCCUGAACGAGCGCUACAGGAAGAGCACGCUGCAGGAGGAGACGCUGAGCCUGCAGCUGUCUGGAGAGCGCUCCCUCGCCCAGAAGAACGAGGCGGCGAGGCAGCAGCUAGAGAGGCAGAACAAGGAGCUCAAAGGGAAGCUGAGCGAGCUGGAAGGGGACGUGAGGAGCAAGUACAAGCUCAGCAUCGCCGCCCUGGAGGCCAAGAUAAAUCAGCUGGAGGAACAGCUGGAGCUGGAGAGACAGGAGAGAGUGAUUGCCAACAAGCUGGUGCGUCGCACUGAGAAGAAACUCAAGGAGGUGGUUCUGCAGGUGGAGGACGAGAGGAGACAUGCAGACCAGUUCAAAGACCAGAUGGACAAGACCUCUGUUCGGAUGCGGCAGAUGAAGAGGCAGCUGGAGGAGGCGGAAGAGGAGGCCUCGCGGGCGAACGCUUACCGGAGGAAACUGCAGAGAGAGCUGGAGGACGUGAGCGAGAACGCGGAGACCAUGAACCGCGAGGUGAACGUGCUGAGAACCAAGCUGAGCCAAUCAGAGAGGAGACGAGACAAACGCACUCCUCUGCUCUUCUCUAUUCACUCUUCACGUCGGACUCUUCAGCUGGAAGAUGGGUCCCAGGAGAACUCGGACUCGGAGGAGCUCAGCGGCACCCCCUCAGGGCCAGAGCCAGAGACACCCGGCAGCAACAACACCCUCCCCCCUCCGUCCCUCCCUCCCUCCACCCCCCAGCCCUUUGCACCCACCCUGGGGGAGUGGAGCAGAAGCAACGUGUAGCUGAGCUCCCUCCCUUCCUCCUCAAAGUGUUGGAUUCAACAUUUACUUAUUAUUGUUAUUAUUAUUAUUUUGUUUGAAAUUAGUUACCUUUUUAACCAUUUUAGGAUUAUAACCCUAAUACUGAGCCCUCACAGAGACACGCCUCCUAUUGGUCCAAUAGUCCAUUAUAUAACGAUUACAGAUCACUCAGACAAGAAUAGCGACUGUGAAAUGGCUGCCGGGUGACACAUUGCAAUGUAUUUCCCAUGAACGAAAAUCCUCCCUAAAUGCAGUGCAUCACAUUCAAUGCAUGUCGAUCGAUUCUUAGAUAUUUUCGCUUGUUUCGAACCGGAAUGAAUUGGCAAAUCCUAUCAAAUACGCAAAAUACAAAAAUAAUUUUACAGCAACAAGCCUGCUUGUGAAAAUCCUUUGGCGUUGCUCCUCGUUAGCAGUGAAAGGUUUGAGCAAAGACGCUUGCGUGGUCGUUUUAAUAAGCAGGCAUUGAGGAAAAGCAUUAGAAAUGAAAGCACUUGCAUUUUGAAGAGCUUUGCUGAGCUCGUGUGGAAGAUGAGAGGCGAUUGAUGAGUGUUGCACACGAUUCCCAACGAGGGUACUGCGUUCAACAGCAGUGCUUCCUCUUCUCUGAGUGCGCUGUCUUUAGCGCUUUGUGGGGUUUUUUUGUUUUAAGACAAGUCUCUUUGAGUGGUCUGACAACGGCUGAGCCCAAACAACGUUUUAGAUGAAAAAUGUUAUUAAUAAAAAUAUGACUAUGAAAUUAAACCAGAUCGCUCAAGGUAAUUAAAUAGUUUUUUCAAAUAAAAAAAAAGGAAUAAUGUUCUGUAUUUGUAACAAAAUGUGAAAAAAAUAUGGAGGGUUUAAUUACAUUUAUUUUAAGAAAUUGCUGCUGUAAUUAUUUGUCAGAGAGCUGGGGGCUGGUUUCACAAGGCACUACUAGCAGGCAAGCGAUCCGAUUCGUUUUUUUCCCCCAAAAAAACAGCAUUUGAAGAUAGAACAAGAAAGUUUAGUAGAAAUUCUCUCGCCAAGUCUGUAUGAUUAUAGGAGAACGGUGUCGUUUUCUUUCUUUUUUUUUGUAAUGGAAGUGGAUUGGAUUCGGACUGCUACCUAGAACUUACUUGUGAAACCAACCCAUGCUUUGUGAAACCAACCCAUGCUUUGUGAAACUAGCUCCCAAUCGCCAUCCAAAUAAUUCUGACCAGUCCUGCUUAGCUGCCUGCUUUUCUUAACCCUUUAAGGUACAAGGGACGCUCGUGUCCCACAAAUAAAAACGAUGCUAACUUUCUUAUUUUUGCAACAAGGAGCGCGAAAUAGGGUUUAAAAUUUAAUGACAAGUUAGAUCUGCUCAUCCCAGUUUUCAGUUUCCUCCUAGUGAUGCUCGAGUCGCUCUCAGAUGUACUUUUUAAAGAAGAACCCGUUUGAGAAACAAGCGCUCGAUUCCUUGUGUACCUUCAGGGGUUAAGUGCCUUUCUUUGUGAACAAUAAUAUUGUUUGUGUGUUUUGGCUUUUAAUUGUUAAUUAAUGUUUUUUUUUUUUUUUUGUACAAAUUUUAGAUUUUAACUUUAGCUUUUAAAAGUUCAAAGACUUUUUUUAAUGUUAAAAGGUGUGAUGUUGGUUGGAAAAACAGAAUAACAAGUGGACGAUUUUGUCCUUCAAAUGCUUGUCUGUUUUCCAGUGAAGUUGGUUAAUCUCGAUUAAAUAUCCAACGUGGAGCUCCAGUAUAAUCUAGCAGAGCUGCUGCAUUUAAACACGUGGUUGUUUUAUAAACUAGAGGGAACGCACUGGAAUUGUAGCAUAUCACUCAGUAUUUAAUACAAAAAAACCCCUGGAUACUGAGAUAUGUUUAACAGCCCUUGAAGUGAAAGGGAUCAUCUCUAUUCUAGGGUUAAAGUAAAAAAAGAAAGGGGUCUUUUACAUUUUCAGGACUAGGCUGUAAAAUGUAAAACCAUGGAUAUUGAAGGGAGGACACUUGAAAAACAGGACGAUGCUGUUUCAUUAAAGUGAAACAGAGCUUUGUUCGUUAUGUAAGCUGCUGUAAUUGGAAAUGCUGUGGUACCAUUUUUAAGGGGGGGGAGUCGAUGUAUCUCAGCUACAAACUACUGUAAUGUCCAUUAGCUGGAAAACCGGACUUGCACUAGUUGUUUGAGAAAAGGUCUGUGUUUUUAUCUCCAGUGCAGUACAGUGUAAAAAUGAAGUGGUGUUUGACAAGGAACUCCGCUCGAGUAUUCCAGCAGGGUCCUAACUGGAGAAUGGGAGAGUACCGAGCCUUUAGGGAAAGGGGGUGGUGUGUGUGUGUGUGUGUAUGUUUUGAAAAAAUGCCUGUCGCAUCAGUGCUAUCUAGAAUCGUGCUGCCUGGGAAAUGGGACGGUAGACUUUCAUUAUUAUUCCAACACCGUAUUUAUUGCUAAAGCAGAAACAAAGUCUUAUAGGGUGUAGAAAAUAAUAAUAAUAUAUAAUAAUAAUAAUAAUAAUAAUAAUAGGUAUUUAAGAUGGAUUUUAGAUUUUUUUUUUUAAACGCUAUACAAACACACGAGGCUAGUACUACUGUAGCUCUUGAUAAAUAAAACUGAUCUCUCUGAACGAUGAACAGUGAACUGGAACUCGAGGUAUUCUGUUUUAUUCUGCGUGCUUGUGGUUAUUGUGUAUAUUUUAUACGCGUACAAUGUUUUUGUUUAUUGUUAGCGGCUGAGGGGUUGUGUGUGCGCGCGUGUGUAUCUCGCUGAUUUUUGCUUGAGAAAUUCUGUAAAGAAAAAUAAUAAAUAAUUUCUUUAUUUCUCCUCCAAA